UCUGUAUGGGGACUCGGCAGAAUUUUCCACGACACUGCCACUAUAUGUAUUGACCACGGAUUUAUGCCAUUUACCCGAGAUAUGGCGAAGGACAAUAACAUUCGUCUCUUUGUUAUCAGCGAAAAGUGUGUGAUGUCGCCGAGAUUCCAUAGUAAGUUUUCUUGUGAUGGAAAACAACAGAAAUACCACGUGUCUUACACGCUGUCCUCUAUUACACCUGGAACAGUGGGGAAUACACGAAUAUUUUCCGACACGGACAACAGAGAUUGGUAUCUAAAGUCGGAAAUUAAACUAAUUGCUGUGAAUUGGGAAACACGAAGAUCAACAAAAUUUCCAAAACAUCUCUACGAAAAAAUGAAUAAAUUUGUUGACAAAGAAAAUACGCCAAUUAUGACUAAAAGACAGGAUGCCAUUGUUCACCCUAAGAAAGCCUUCAAAACAACCACCAAAACGCGCUACAGUGACCUAGAUUUUAACUUGCACGUCAACGUCCCGGAGUACUACAAGUUUUGUUCCGAUGCUGCAUCAAAGGCUUCUCUCUCCGGAUACUAUCGGCAUUUUAUAUCCGACAUAGUGAAGUAUCCAGUGAUGUUGACAGAAGCAACGUUUCUUGGCGAGUGUGGACCUGAUGAACACCUCGUCGUUUAUACCUGGCAGGACGAUUACGACUUCACCAAGCUAUACUUUGCAAUUUUCUUGAGGGAUGUAAAACUAUUCCAAGCUUGUUUCAAACACGAUAGUAAGAUGUUACAAGACAAGGUUAUCUCUAGUCUAUGAUGGCAUCCCAUUGUUAAAUCAUAUACAAAUGGACCGCUUUUAACAUUAUCUCAGCCAAAGGAUUGUUCAACUCAAGUAACUGAGAG